GAAGAAGAAGGACCGUUGAUGAAGACGAAGGAUAGCCCUUGAUCGAAGAUGCCUCCUCCAGUUAGAAGAAGAAGAAGAAGAGACAUCUCAUUAUUUCACCGAAGCCGAAAUAAUCUCCAUAUCUCUCCAUUCUAGUUCACCUUUCCAGCUCCAAAAUCCACUCCACUGUAAAUUACACUACCGGCACCAUAAACCGACGAACCAGACGAAGACCGGAACCGGGUAUCUUCUUAUUACCGAUCUAUGUUUUCUGAUAUAAAACAUCUUGAAGUAUGAGGAUGAUAAUAAAUGCGGGAAUUGCGAAACCCAGCUUCUUUGUUGUACAAUAUGAACUACCCACAAUUAUAUUCCACCAAACCCAGCUAAUUCCUUCAUCAACCGUAUGGUAUCCAAGGCAAUUUCACAAUAGAAACGCAUGGAUCGCAAAAUUCAAGUGUUCAAUCGCAGAGAGAUCAUCUCCAUCUUUCUACAAGUCAAAAUACCCUCAUCCCAAACGAGAACCCAAACGUGAACGAGGAAACCCAACAUCUUUAUACAGCCGUCCCAGUUUACUCGACAUGAAGAAAGAAAAGAUGGAAAAACGAGCUCUGGUUUACGAUUUCUUAAGGAGUAUCGGUAUUAUACCAGAUGAACUCGACGGUUUAGAGCUUCCAGUCACAGUCGAUGUCAUGAAGGAUCGUGUCGAAUUCCUCGAUAACAUAGGUCUUACAAUCGACGACAUUAACAAUUAUCCUCUCAUUCUCGGUUGCAGUGUGAAGAAAAACAUGAUCCCUGUUCUUGAUUAUCUUGGAAAACUAGGUGUUAGAAAAUCAACAUUUACUGAUUUCUUGAGACGUUACCCUCAGAUCCUCCAAGCUAGUGUUGUAAUCGAUUUGGAGCCUGUUGUGAAGUAUCUGCAAGGGAUGGAUAUAAAACCGAAUGAUAUUCCUAGAGUUCUCGAGAGAUAUCCUGAGGUUCUAGGGUUUAAGCUCGAAGGAACUAUGAGCACUUCGGUUGCUUAUUUAGUCGGUAUAGGUGUUUCGCGAAGGGAAAUCGGAGGGGUUCUCACUAAAUACCCGGAGAUUCUCGGGAUGAGAGUUGGACGAAUCAUCAAACCGUUUGUUGAGUAUCUGGAGUAUUUAGGAAUACCCGAACUAGCCGUAGCAAGAUUGAUCGAAAAUCGGCCUCACAUUCUAGGGUUUGAUUUGGGCGAGAAAGUUAAACCGAAUGUCGAAUCUCUUCUAGAAUAUAACGUGAAACGAACAGGACUUGCUUCUGUGAUUGCACAAUACCCGGAAAUGCUAGGGCUUGAUUUGAAACAAAAACUUAUAAGUCAAUCCAGCAUUCUAGAUUCAAUUCUUGGUUUGGGUGUUGAAGAUUUCGGGCGGGUAAUUGAAAAGAUGCCUCAAGUUGUUAGUUUGAGUAAAAUUGCUGUGGAGAAACACGUCGGUUUCUUGAAAAGUUGUGGAUUCUCGAUAGAACAAGCGAGGGAUAUGGUCAUGGGAUGCCCUCAGCUGCUUGCAUUGAAUCUGGAUGCGAUGAAAUUAGGGUUCGAGUUUUUCAAAGAUGAGAUGGGAAGAGAUUUGAAUGAGUUGGUUGGUUUUCCGGCAUUCUUUACUUAUGGGCUUGAAUCGGUUAUAAAGCCAAGGCAUAAGGUGGUUGCUAAAAAGGGUUUGAAAUGUUCGCUUGCUUGGCUUCUUAACUGUUCGGAUCAGAAAUUUGAAGAAAGAAUGAAGUAUGAUUUUAUUGAUAUGGAGGAUAAUACAGAAGAAGAUUAUCCUUUGUUUGAUAUGAAAACUCUGAUGGAGCCUGAAACUGAUGAUGAAUCAGAAUCUGAGUUUGAGGAUGAAAGUGAAAUUGAUGAUGAGUAGGUUUUUUGUUGUAUUUUAUUCAGUUUUCUUAUAACAUUAUUAUUUGUACAAUGAACUGAUCCAAAAAUUAAAUUUUCAGCUGUACUA